AUGAUUUGGCAUUGGUCCGAUACAAUGAAUAUCGCUUUUUCGUAUCCAGUCUCGUUUAUUUCAGUUAUUCUGAAUGUUACUCUCGUCUGUAUUGCACUAGAAUGUACACCAUCAACUAUGAAGACAUACUCAUACAAAAACUCGAAAACAUCGAUAUUGCUGAUAUUCCAUGGUCCGUGCCAAUCAUGCUUCUCCGAUCGUUAUUUCGUCUCCCAAUUCUGUCUUUUCUUUGAUUGCCUACUUAUGUACUGUGCUGUUGGCUCAAAUCUAAUAAUAUUCAUUUCGUUAUAUUUUCGCCAACAAGCCGUCUCAAAACCAUUUCGGGUGAUCCGUCGAAGCUUCAUCAUAUUCGUCUGCCUGCUUUUGGGCAUUGCGGUUCUAACAAUGACAAUUAUCACGUUCGUCGGAAAUCUGUAUCCUUUGGAUGUGAUGGAUGAAGUUGCACACCGUCUGAAACCAGAGCUCAUUAAUUCGAAAUGGAUCUACGCAAGUGUCGUCGACAUCGCCCAAAUCAGCCAAAUGCCUCCAAACCUUUGUAACAUCACAGUGAGCCCCAUCUUAAUCGUAUAUGGUGUUAUAUGUCGUUGGUUCGUCUAUCGAGCAAUGGUGUCGUCGAAUUUGAGCGUCGCCAUGAAAGGACUUCACAGAUGUUUGAUGAAUAUUCUUCUCGCCCAGCUCCUCUCUCCAGUUAUCUCCAUUGUCACCUGGUUCCUCUACGGAUAUUCGCUGUCGAUGAAAUCCGACUCGCCAGUAAUGGAGAACGCCGCCACCUUCCCAAUGUGUAUCGUGCUCAUCAUCUCACCAACCGUCACCUUUUAUUUCGUGAAACCUUAUAGGGAACGAUUUCUAGCGUUUUUUCACCUUGGUCGAUCUAGUGUAAUACCGAUAUCGGCAAAUACGACGAAUAUCACUGAUUGA